AUGACUGAAAAGAGCGGCACAGCAGCAGACAACAGUGGGCUUGCGUUCAAGCCAAACGAGCGCGUCCUGUGCUUCCACGGGCCGCUUCUAUAUGAGGCAAAGGUCCUCAAAGCCGAGCUCUGGGACGGCACCGACCCGGACGCGCCCGACCCCGGCCCUCACUACUUUGUGCACUACAAGGGCUGGAAGCAGACAUGGGACGAGUGGGUAGACGAGACACGGGCACUAAAGUUCAACGAAGAGAACCUGGCCAAGCAGAAGGCUCUGCGGCAAGACGCCCUUGCGGCUGCGCGCAAAAAGGCCGCAGCCCCAGCAGUGUCGACGCCGCGGUCCUCAGUGAAGACCGAGACCGAGGGCGAGCCGCAGCGGAGCAGGAAGCGCGUGCGCGAGUCGUCAGUGGAGAAGCCCAAGGACGAGCGCGAUGAGCCGGCGGCGAAGCGGCCCGAGAUUAAAAUCCCGAUUCCCAAUGCGCUCAAGUCGCAGUUGGUUGACGACUGGGAGCGGAUCACAAAGGACAAGCUGCUGGUUCCAUUGCCGCGCUCGCCAACUGUCGCACAGAUGCUGGCUCAGUACCAGGAGCAUCGCAGAACGUCGAGGGACAAGAAGAAGAGCGGCAAGCGUGACGACGAGAUCGUUGACGAAAUCAUCGAUGGGCUCAGGAUCUACUUUGACAAGGCGCUGGGCAACAUCCUGCUUUACCGGUUCGAGCGGUUCCAGUACCAGCAAAUCAGGGAGAAGUUCCCCGAGAAGCCCAUGUCCGAGAUAUACGGAUCCGAGCACCUGCUGCGGCUGUUUGUGCAGCUACCGGGGAUGGUUGCUCAUGCAAACAUAGACGACGACGCGGUUGCGCUGCUGAAGGAGCAUCUGGGCGACAUCUUAAAGUACAUGCACAAGUUUAUGAAGACGCUGUUUGUCGAAGAGUACGACAACGCAAGCCCGUCAUAUGUAGCUGUAGCAAGGACGUCUUAG